AUGGCUACUGAAAUUCAUGCACUUCAGAAAGCAUGCACAUGGGAUCUUGUUCCUUCUUCUCAGGCUACACAUAUUCUUCCUUGUAAGUGGGUAUAUCGUAUCAAGCGUAAAUCUGAUGGAUCCAUUGAACGUUUUAAAGCUCGUCUAGUUGCAAAUGGCUUUUUCCAACAAGAUGGUAUUGAUUAUACAGAAACCUUUAGUCCAGUGGUCAAGCAUGUCACCAUCCGAAUUGUUCUCUCACUUGCUAUCUCUCUUGGUUGGUCUAUUCGUCAAUUAGACGUUCAAAAUGCCUUUCUUCAUGGGCAUCUUACUGAGGAAGUCUAUAUGCGUCAACCCCAAGGUUUCGAAGAUCCUACCAGACCUCACCAUGUUUGCCAACUUCGUAAAUCUCUCUAUGGCCUUAAGCAAGCCCCUCGAGCAUGGUUCCAAAGGUUCUCUGAGUAUCUCCUUCAGUUGGGGUUUGUUGGUUCUAAGGCAGAUCAUUCUCUUUUUAUCUAUAAUACUGAUGGUGUCUAUCUUCUCUUGCUUAUAUAUGUGGACGAUAUUUUAAUUACAGGGAAUCAAGAUUGUAAGAUUCAGUCUCUUAUUACAAGUCUUGGUAAGGCAUUUGCAAUGAAGGAUCUCGGGGCCCUUAAGUAUUUUUUGGGCAUUGAAGCUACUCGCACGGCUACUGGUCUCUAUUUAUCACAACAUAAGUACACAUGUGAUCUUCUUGUUCGUGCACACAUGCAGGAUUCUAAACCGUGCGCCACUCCAGUUGGCUCUGGCUCUCAACUUAGUGCUACAGAUAGUGUACCUUUAUCUGAUCCUCGUGAAUAUCGCAGUGUUGUUGGGGCUUUGCAAUAUUUAACGGUUACUCGUCCCGACAUCACAUAUGCCGUUAAUCAGGUUUGUCAACAUAUGCAUCAGCCCACUUUGGUGCAUUGGAUUGCAGUUAAGCGAAUCUUGCGUUAUUUAAAAGGAUCUCCAAGUGAUGGGUUAUUUUUUACGCCUGGUUCCACUUCCUUAGUCGCCUUUUCUGAUUCUGACUAUGCCGGCGACCCUGAUAGUCGUUGGUCUACAGGAGGUUUCUGUCUAUUUUUAGGUCCUAACUUGAUAUCUUGGAGCUCUAAGAAGCAACGGACAGUGGCUCGAUCUAGUACUGAGUCUGAAUAUCGACAAAUGGCCAUUACAACAACUGAGAUUGUUUGGGUACGGCAAUUACUUCUUGAGCUUUCGAUUCCUCAGCCUACUCCACCUGUCUUAUGGUGUGACAAUACUAGCUCCAUUGCGUUGGCAUCUAAUCCU